CUGCCACAUAUUUCAGACACAACAAGUCUUCAAUUCAUAAAGAAUCAAUCCUAUUUUAUGUUUCAUUACUUCUUCUGUUCUUUAUCUAUUUCAGAAACUGAAAAAAAUGGCUCAUGAGAAUAUUCAAAAUCAAGAAGUGAAUUUGGUUUUAUCCAGUGAUGCUAAGCCUAGACUCAAAUGGACUUCUGAACUUCACCAACGAUUCGUUGACUCAGUCAGUCAACUCGGAGGCCCAGAGAAAGCGACACCAAAAUCUUUGAUGAGAGUAAUGGGUAUUCAUGGGCUUACUUUGUACCACCUAAAGAGUCAUUUACAGAAAUAUAGAUUAGGAAAGAUUCAACAAUCGCCGGCUUGCAGUGGAAAUAUUCAAGAAGAAUUUGGAGAUGAUCAUAGGAGUGAUAUCACGAGUAUCGAUCAUAACGAUGAAAACCCAAAUCAGAUUAGCGAGAGCUUAAAGAUUGCUGAGGCUUUACAGAUGCAAAUGGAGGUGCAAAGGAAACUUCACGAACAAAUAGAGGUUCAAAGACAUUUACAGCUGAGAAUUGAAGCUCAAGGAAAGUAUUUACAAUCGGUAUUGAGAAAGGCACAAGACACACUUGCAGGGUAUAAUUCAUCCGCCAUUGAAGUUGAAGCAGCAAAAGCUGAGCUUUCUCAUUUAGUUUCAAUGGUGGACAAUGGCUGCCCGAGUUCUUUAUCCAUGCUGACCGAAGUAGAGGAUUCAAGGUUAAAGAAAGAGGUGAAAAAAACUAGGAAUGGGUCGUCAAUGGAAAGCUCGUUGACUUCAUCUGAGAGUUGGGGAAGGAAGGAAAACGAUGAUCUUGAUUUGAAAUUGAUGGAUAGGAAUGGAAUGGGUGAUUCCGGGAAUGGAAGGAAAAGAAGUGGGAGUACAAUUUCUGAUGGGAAUUGUCAAGGUAAAAGAUUACAGAAAGGUAGUGAGAGGUUUGAUUUGAAUAGUCAAUAUGUGAACGACUUUGACUUUGACUUUGAGUCAAAGUCAAGCACACUGGACUUGAACUCUGAGUGAGAAAAAAUUGAGUUGAAAGGGGAAAACUGUUGGUAAUAUUGGUAAUGGAUGAAAGGUUUAUGAUA